AUCAAACAUUUGAUGUGGGAGAGGGAUCGCUUGAAACGAAUUGCUGUAUUAACUAACGAGGAAUCAGCUUGGUUUAACUUUAAAAAUCUUAAAAACCAAGUUAACUUUAAAAUUAGGGAAAAUAAGACACAAUAUUACAACUCGUUUUUUAAUGAUAAUCUGGGUGAUUGCAAAAAAACUUGGAAUGGUAUAAAUACUAUACUAUCCAAGAAUAAAAACCUUACCCAUACGAAAAAAGUCGUCGUUGAUGAUGCUGUAAUCAAUGAUCCGCUCGGGGUAAGCAAUGCCUUCAAAAGGCACUUUACUGGCAUAGGACCCAAACUUGCGGCAAAAAUCCCAGUUAAUUUAAAUGCAAACUAUGACCAUAUUAACAAACCUGAAAAUGAAUUUGAACUUCUAAUAGUCAGUGAGUUAGUAGUUUCAAAGUUGGUUGAGAAACUAUCAACACGUAAAGCUAAUGGUCUGGAUAACAUUCCAGCUUGUUUGUUGAAAGCAAGUGCGCCAACCACGAUAAGCUCGUUGACUUACAUUAUAAAUUUGGUAAUCCAUACUGGCACUGUCCCACAUGACUGGAAAAGAGCUAGGGUUACUCCUAUUUAUAAGGAAGAUUGCAAAAUGGACCCCAAUAACUAUAAACCUAUAUCCGUAUUAUCUGUGGUUGCAAAAUUGUUUGAAAAAGUGAUCUUUGAUCAAACUUAUGAAUUCCUAUGUAAUAACAAUCUUCUCUCAGAUGCCCAAUCUGGUUUUAGGCCUUUGCAUGCAUUCCACUUUAACAGCACUGCUAGAUAUCACUGACAAUUGGUCUUUCAAUAUGGACAAUGGUUUAAUCAAUGCUAUACUUUUUAUUGACUUAAGAAAAGCUUUUGAUACCAUUGACCAUGAAAUUCUUCUAAAUAAAUUAUCUCGAUAUGGUUUUAAAUACAAGACCAUUGAACUUUUCCGCGAUUAUUUAACGGGACGUACUCAAAUAACUGUUGUUAACAAUAUCCCAUCCGAUAGCUCUGAAACUACAUGUGGGGUUCCUCAAGGAUCCAUUUUAGCACCAUUGUUAUACUUGUUGUACAUUAAUGACUUACCAAAUUGUAACUUGAUAUCUGAUGGACAUCUAUAUGUUGAUGAUACUAGCUUGACAUAUGCGGAUAACGACAUUAAUCAACUACUCUCCGUAAUGAACAGUGAUUUACUUUCGCUUAGAAAUUGGCUUAACAUAAAUAAGCUCAGUCUAAAUACACUUAAAACAAAAUCAUGUUCAUCGCAACUCGACACAAAUUAG